AUGGACAAACUAUCCCACAUGAUACAUGAUGCAGUGGAAAACAAUCAAUGGCAAUGCUUGAAGAUUGGAAGAGAUGGCCCUAAGGUGUCCCAUCUCAUGUUUGCCGACGACCUUAUUCUUCUUUGGUAUCGCUACAGACAAUCAAAUAAAUGUGGUUAUGGAUAUCCUUUCUUUAUUCUGCAGUGCUUCGGGCCAUCAUAUAAAUAUGGCAAGUGCAACAUUAUGUUUUCAAGGAAUACUCUGAUUGCUACUAGAAAAUUUAUCAUAGCCAAGUAUGGAUUUAGGGAGACCACCUCCCUUGGCACCUAUUUAAGAGUUCCUUUAUUUGGAAAGAGUCCUAAAUUUAAAGACUUUUGGUACCUUAUUGAGAAAGUUCAAACCAAGCUUGUGCACUGGAAAUGUAGUCAGCUUUCCUUUGCUGGUCGAGUCACUUUGGCUAAGGCAAUUAUUGAGGCUCUCCCCACAUAUACUAUGAUGUAUGUUCCGCUUCCAAAAGCUUAUGUUAACAAAAUCCAUCAGUGCCAACGGUCUUUUAUUUGGGGUGACACCAAUGAUAAGAAGCAGACGCAUUCAAUCUGUUGGAGUAUUAUUAACAAAGACAAGAAAGUUGAUGGUUUUGGCCUUAGGAAUUUAAACUUUAUGAAUAAAUCUUGUAUGGCCAAACUAGGUUGGAAACUAAAAUCUCAGGAUCAUCUUCUCUGGAGUCGUUUGCUGAAAAGUAAAUAUGUCGCGAGACAUCUCAAAUCUGGUGAUUUAAUUGCUAAACCUUCUAAUUCCUGUAUUAGGAAUUCGAUAGUGGAGCUUCGCCAUAAACUUGAUGAGUUGGCCUAUUGGAAAGUAGGUAAUGAAGCUAACCUUAAUAUCUGA